ACAGCGGCAGGGGAGCCGCGCCGCCAGGGAGGGAAGCCGGGGCGAGGCGAGGCGGCGGCGGGAGGAGGAGACAGCGGGGAAAGGUGUCACAUAAAGGAAGGCUCUUCUUCGCUUGGGAGGCAUCAUGGCCGCUAAGUCAGACGGGAGACUGAAAAUGAAGAAGAGCAGCGACGUGGCGUUCACCCCGCUGCAGAACUCGGACCACUCGGGCUCGGUGCAGGGACUGGCUCCGGGCUUGCCGUCGGGGUCGGGAGCCGAGGACGAGGAGGCGGCAGGCGGCGGCUGCUGCCCGGACGGCGGCGGCGGCUGCUCGCGCUGCCGCUGCUGCUGCCGUUGCUACUGCUGCUGCGCCGGGAGCGGCGGCUCCGGGGGCUCGAGCGGCCCGGGCGGCGGCGGCGGCGGCGGCGGGGCGGGCUCCGCGGCGCUGUGCCUGCGCCUGGGCACGGAGCAGCGGCGCUACUCGCUGUGGGACUGCCUCUGGAUCCUGGUCGCCGUUGCCGUGUACUUCGCGGACGUGGGCACGGACAUUUGGCUCGCCGUGGACUACUACUUGCGCGGGCAGCGCUGGUGGUUCGGGCUCACGCUCUUCUUCGUGGUGCUCGGCUCGCUCUCCGUGCAAGUGUUCAGCUUCCGCUGGUUUGCGCACGACUUCAGCACCGAGGACAGCGCCGCCGCCGCCGCCGCCGCCGCCGCCGCCAGCUGCCCGCAGCCCGGAGCCGACUGUAAGACGGCGGCCGGCAGCGGCUCUGCAGCCGCGGAAGGCGAGGCUCGCCCUUCCACGCCGCAGAGGCAAGCGUCCAACGCCAGCAAGAGCAGCAUCGCCGGCAACAGCAGCGGGGCCACGCGGUCCAGCGGCCAGCGCAGGUCUGCGUCCUGCUCCUUCUGCCUCUGGCUCCUGCAGUCGCUCAUCCACGUCCUGCAGCUCGGGCAGAUCUGGAGGUAUUUCCACACGAUAUACUUAGGCAUUCGAAGUCGACGGGGCGCAGAGAGUGGCCGGUGGAGGUUUUAUUGGAAGAUGGUCUACGAGUACGCAGACGUGAGCAUGCUACACCUGCUCGCCACCUUCCUGGAGAGCGCGCCCCAGCUGGUGCUGCAGCUCUGCAUCAUCGUACAGACCCACAGCCUGCAGGCCCUCCAAGGUUUCACAGCGGCCGCCUCCCUCGUGUCCUUGGCUUGGGCCUUGGCCUCCUACCAGAAGGCCCUCCGGGACUCUCGUGAUGACAAGAAGCCCAUCAGCUACAUGGCCGUGGUCCUCCAGUUCUGCUGGCAAUUCUUCACCAUCGCGGCCAGGGUCAUCACCUUCGCGCUCUUCGCCUCGGUUUUCCAGCUCUACUUUGGGAUCUUCAUCGUCCUUCACUGGUGCGUCAUGACCUUCUGGAUCGUCCACUGUGAGACAGAGUUCUGUAUCACCAAAUGGGAAGAGAUCGUGUUCGACAUGGUGGUGGGGAUCAUCUACAUCUUCAGCUGGUUCAACGUCAAGGAGGGCAGGACACGCUGCCGGCUCUUCAUUUACUAUUUUGUGAUCCUUGUGGAAAACACGGCCUUGAGUGCCCUCUGGUACCUCUACAAGGCUCCCCAGAUCGCGGACGCGUUUGCCAUCCCAGCGCUGUGUGUGGUGUUCAGCAGCUUUUUAACUGGCGUUGUUUUUAUGCUGAUGUAUUAUGCCUUCUUUCACCCCAACGGACCCAGACUCGGGCGAUCCCCAAGUUGUGCUUGUGGGGACCCCGCCGCUGCCUUCACGCCGUCUCCAGAAGUGGCCACGAGCGCCCUGCGGUCCCUCUCCAACACCCGCAGCGUGGCCGGCGACCGCGACCAGAAAUUCGCAGAGCGGGACGGGUGCGUGCCUGUGUUUCAGGUGAGACCCACGGCCCCGUCCACCCCGUCCUCUCGCCCACCACGGAUUGAAGAAUCUGUCAUUAAAAUUGACCUGUUCAGGAAUAGGUACCCAGCGUGGGAGAGACACGUCUUGGACCGAAGCCUCCGAAAGGCCAUUUUAGCCUUUGAAGGUUCCCCGUCGCCUCCGAGGCUGCAGUACAAAGACGAUGCUCUCAUCCAGGAACGGCUGGAGUACGAAACCACCCUGUAAAGCAAGAGGGCUUGGAGGGGCCGCAAGCUCCAGACCCAGGGGUGACAGCCGGGCCGCGGCGAUAAUGAAACUCCGCCCUGGAGUAGGGCAGCGAGCUGUGCCGGUCGCAGUCUGGCCAUCAUCAGGAUGCGUGUCUGGCCCUCCAUCAGCUGACAGCCUGCUGCUGGCCUCCUUGGAAAAAGCAGCCCAGAGACCCUACUGCUCCAUCUGAAGGGAACAGGCCAGCUCAGUAGGACCCCUUGUUGCCACCAACCCCUCCUGCCCCGCCUUUCAGCACAUCCACCUGAGGGUACUAUUAUUAUGGGAAAUGUUGCCUCCGAUCAGUAGGGUGUUUGGAUGGAGUUAACUGAUCUUUGCAUAAAAAUAUACUGAGUCAUACACACGUGUACACACACACUAACACACACACACACACACCGAUCCUGUCAAAAUAGCUUAGGUGAUUUCUUUUGAUGCAAAGCUGUGAUUCCCACGGGAAUAUAAAAGCAAAGAGAGAGAAAACAUAUUCCUCAAGACUCCAGAAAAAAAAAAAAAAAAAAAGUAAAGCUUAGAAAGAAUGCAUAAACCAUUCUCACGUGAAAACCAAUCCCAUGCGUGAAAAGCCUAUCCAAUGGACAGAAAACCCAAGUGUGUUUACGCAUGUAUUAGAAUUGAUGGAAUGGUUCGUUUUCAACACGUCAGGAUUUUUUUUCAUUUUAAAUUUUCCGUUGAGAACGUCUUUCAUGACAGAUACCCCACGCAGCCCAUGGCUGGCUUUGGAUGAGACCAAGGAGCUAGAUACCUUGGGGAUGAAAGUUCACUGAUAAUCAGGAUGCAGUAUUCAAUUGCCAAAAUUUGAUAAAACCACGAAGAGGAAGCGGGAGAAAAAGGCAAAAUGAGCGUCUGAUUUCCCGGCCUGUGCAGCUCACACGGGAAGGUCGAGGCAGAGCGGAGCGAGAGCCGGGCUGUGCUCAGGUCCAGGAGUGGAGGCUGUGCGUGAGUGCGGAGAGGCCGGAUUCCAGAACACGCCACGCCACGCCCUUCUAGUGCCAAACACCGUCCAGCACGGGACUGACGGGGACGCCCUGAAGGGCUGAGCACGAGGCGUGAGCCCCACGAAAGCGGAAGAGAGCACGAACAGUCAAGUUCUUCGCUGUGUACAGACUCCCCCUGCCCCAUCCAAGGUCAAAGUGGUGUGUCUUUUAGAGGCUUUGGGACACAUUUUAGUAAGUAUGAGCAGACAGAUGCAGUGAAUAUGCUAUAAGAAAACCCUUCUGAACCGAUUGAGGGCUUAUCACUAGAUCCAGCUAAGAUUCGUAUUUGAGUCCUUUGUAAAGUCGCACUCUUACAACAAGCUUCUGGGUUUUAAAUACCUCCGUCCAACAAGUAAACGUUCCCCACUUUCUGUUCCCAGCGUCCCCCAGUCAUGGUGCUUUUUGUUGCAUUAAAAGUGCCGGUCAAA